AUGACAAAAAUACUAGUAGCCAAUCGCGGGGAGAUUGCUAUUCGCAUCAUUACAGCAGCAACCGAACUUGGACUCGAGACAGUCGCUGUUUACUCUGACAACCAAGAUAGAUCGCAUUGUAUAGGUGCACAUGAGUCGAUCAAAUUGAAGAGUGCGCUCUCCUUUUUGGAUUCUCAACAGAUCAUUGACGCAGCAAAUAGUGUUCAUGCCACUGCAAUUCAUCCAGGCUAUGGAUUUUUGUCUGAAUCCACAGAUUUGGCAGAUAAAUGCAAGCAGUCGGGCAUCCUUUUCAUUGGCCCCUCUGCUUCAUGCAUUUCUGCUGUUGGGGACAAGGUGUCUGCCCGUCAAGUGGCUAAAGCAGCAGGUGUGCCUGUGAUUCCAGGCACCGAAGAAUCUAUUUCUACCCCUGAGCAGGUCUUUGCUUUUGCAGAUCGAUUUGGUUAUCCUGUCAUGCUCAAAGCCCGUGAUGGUGGCGGUGGUAGAGGUAUUAGAAUGGUACACUAUGCUGAGGAAGUACCUGAUUCGCUCAAGCGCUGUAUCAAUGAGUCGCCAUCAAAGCAAGUGUUUAUCGAGAAGGCUAUCCUUGGCGCCAAACACAUCGAGGUUCAAAUCCUGGGCGACAAUCAUGGAAACGUCAUACAUCUCUUUGAACGAGAUUGCUCUAUUCAGAGACGCUUCCAAAAGAUAUUGGAGGUUGCACCUUGCCCUUGUUUAUCACCCCAAUUGCGAGACAAUAUCCAUCAAGCAGCGACUCAAUUAGCCAAGCUCAUUCAAUACAACUCUGCAGGCACCGUCGAGUUCCUUGUUCGUCCCGAUGUUAAUGAAUUCUACUUUUUAGAAGUGAACCCCCGUGUUCAAGUAGAGCACACCAUCUCGGAGCAAAUCACACAUGUCGACAUUGUGCAAACACAAAUUAGAAUUGCUUUGGGUGAAAAUCUGCAGGUACUAGGACUUUUGCAAGAUGCAAUUCGACCCAAUCGCUUGGUGUCUAUUCAAGCUCGAGUGGUUGCUGAAAACCCUCUCAACAAUAACAUGCUUUCGGUGGGCAAAAUCAAUGCUGUUCAAUUUCCUCAUGGCCAUGGCAUUCGUGUGGAUACUUGGGUUCAGCCUGGCUGUGUUGUUCUCCCGACAUUUGACUCACUGCUGGCCAAAGUCAUCGUUACCGGUCAAUCUUAUGAUGAUGCGCUGCACAAGUUGAAGCGUGCUCUGCAAAACACAGUAAUUGAGGGUGUAGAGACGAAUAUUCAGUUCCUGAUUGCUAUCAUUUCAGACCGUUCAUUCAUAGGAGAUCAAUUAUCACACAUACACAUCAAAUCACUAGAGGACAAAAUAGAUGAUUUGGUUGCUGCAACCAAACAAUUAGGUAGCCCACCACGCAAGACACUUGAAUCUGGCACUGCAUACCCUACACCAAAUGCUAUUGCUUCUACUGUUACUAAUGCCGUUUCGUCACUACAAUUCAAGCCUGGAGAUGCGUUCAACAUUGAAAUCAGCAACUCGAAAACCAAGAUUGUGGAAUCAGUACAUUCACUACAAAUCGACACUAUUUCGACCAACAAUUUCCCUGACGAGUUUGUUGCUCAAGUCCAGACAUCCUUUCCCUCUGCGCGAAAUCCUGUAUCGAUUGCAUUGACCCGUAAAUCUGCUAUUAGCACAUCGUCUACACUACGUCGUAAAGCAAAUCCUCGUGCAUCUACUGAUAUAGGGUCUCCAGUUACUGGCAUGGUGGUUGAGAUCAAUGUCAAGGAGGGAGAUGUUGUUGCUCCAGGUCAGCAGUUGUUUGUGAUGAGCGCCAUGAAGAUGGAAACUGUAAUUCAGGCUCCUGCUGCAGGUACCGUAAAGACCAUUUAUGCAGCUCCAAAUGAUUUGAUCGAUGGUGGCGAUAUGGUAGUCGAGUUGACAAAAGAUAGUAAACUUUGA